AUGGGGGCAGUUUGUACUUUGAACUCAUAUACUGAGUUUCAGAGGGUGAGGAGCCAGAGUGCCUUGAUCAUAGCUGCAGUGGGUGCCUUGGCAAUGCGGGUAUUGGCUGCAAGUGUCUGCAGCGAGGCGCUCGGUUACUUCCUUACACUUACAUCAGAAAGUCACCGGGAAGCCUGGACUAACCUGCUGCUCCUGUUUUUGACUAAGGUCCUGAAGAUAAGUGAUGAAAGGUUCAAGGCCCACGCGUCGUUCUACUACCCGCUGCUGUGCGAGAUCAUGCAGUUCGAGCUCAUCCCGGAGCUGCGGGCCGUGCUGCGCCGCUUCUUCCUGCGCAUCGGCGUCGUCUUCCACAUAGCGCCGCCGCCGGAGCCGGGAGCCGGCCGGCAGUAG